AUGUCAAGCCACAACGCGCCACAGCUGCCGAGAAAUCUGACCAAGCAGCACUCAUGGUCGCAUGAUGUAACUCGCAACGAGGCUUGGCUGCGGAAGAAAAAGAAACGACCAUUGGAUCUCAUUCGUCGUAGCAAGAGCGUCACGAAUGAUGAUCUAGAGGAGCUUAAAGGCUGCAUCGACCUAGGGUUUGGGUUUGAGCCAGAUUCUCCUGAUUUGAACCCAAGGCUCUCCGAUACAAUCCCGGCUCUGGAUUUGUAUUUCGCCGUUCAAAGACAGUUUAGUAAUCAUUUGUCCCGGACAUCGUCGUUUGCGUCAGACCGUGACGUCAGCAGCUCUAGCACCACCACGAUCGUCAAUAAAGGUGAUGAUCGGAAGACGAUGAAGCAGAAGCUGAAGCAAUGGGCUCAGGUGGUCGGGUUUUCAGUGCGGCAGUUCUCGGGUAAACCAAAUUGA